CCUCCGCAAAAACCCUAAACCGGCAAAAAGGAAGGCACGUUAGGAAAAAAAAAAAACCAACCGCCUCCGCUUGUUCGUCAGAGAUGGAGCACGACGGCGAGAUGGCGCCGCCGAUCCCCUCCCACGCCAACGCCGCCGAUGCGGAUGCCGCAGCGGACGACUGGGCUGCGCGCGAUGACUUCGAGGAGUCGCCAGCGGGGUCCCACUCUCAUCCCCCGGCAGCCGCGGCCGCCGCCGUUGAAGCCCCAGAAGAGGCACUGCUAGCUCCUCCUGCCGAAGAUAUCAAGGAAAUCGAAUCAAAUCUCCAGUCACUGGAGCUGCAGCCAAGUGAUGCCCCACAGGACAGUGGUCAAACGGAAGCAGAGGAGCGGAAUAGAAAGCGGCACUUGAAUGUUGUGUUUAUUGGCCAUGUCGAUGCUGGGAAGUCAACUGCUGGUGGUCAGAUAUUGUUCUUAAGCGGUCAAGUAGAUGACCGAACCAUCCAAAAAUAUGAAAAAGAAGCAAAGGAUAAAAGCCGUGAGAGCUGGUACAUGGCGUACAUUAUGGACACAAAUGAGGAAGAACGGGCCAAGGGGAAGACUGUUGAAGUUGGGAGAGCUCACUUUGAGACUGAAACUACAAGAUUCACUAUUUUAGAUGCACCGGGCCACAAAAGUUAUGUUCCAAACAUGAUAAGUGGUGCAUCUCAAGCUGAUAUUGGUGUUUUGGUGAUAUCUGCUCGAAAAGGUGAAUUUGAAACUGGGUAUGAAAGAGGAGGACAGACUCGUGAACAUGUGCUGCUGGCAAAAACUUUAGGUGUUUCUAAGUUGAUUGUGGUCAUAAAUAAGAUGGACGACCCUACUGUUGGAUGGUCUAAAGAAAGAUAUGAUGAAAUAGAAGGCAAAAUGACUCCUUUCCUUAAAUCAUCAGGGUACAAUGUUAAGAAAGAUGUCCAAUUUUUGCCAAUAUCUGGUCUUCUGGGAGCUAAUAUGAAGACCCGAAUGGAUAAAAGUAUCUGUAAAUGGUGGAAUGGCCCAUGUCUAUUUGAAAUUAUGGACUGCAUCGAAGUUCCUUUACGAGAUCCCAAAGGUCCAGUAAGGAUGCCGAUCAUGGAUAAAUAUAAAGAUAUGGGCACUGUUGUAAUGGGAAAAAUUGAGUCUGGGACUAUCUCAGAGGGUGAUAAUCUGGUGGUUAUGCCAAAUAAGGCAAACGUGAAAGUCAUUAGUGUGUACUGUGAUGAAGACAAGGUUAGAAGUGCUGCACCUGGUGAGAACGUCCGUGUCAAAUUGUCAGGAAUUGAAGAAGAGGACAUUGCUGCUGGUUUUGUUCUAUCAAAUGUUGGAAAUCCUGUUGGUGCUGUAACUGAAUUUAAUGCUCAACUGCAGAUACUAGAGUUGCUUGACAAUGCAAUCUUCACUGCUGGCUACAAGGCAGUGCUGCAUAUCCAUUCUGUAGUCGAGGAGUGUGAGAUUGUAGAUCUCAUAGAGGAAAUUGAUCUGAAGAGGAAGAAAGAAAGUGACCCGAAGAAGAAAAAGCCAAAGAGGAAACCACUUUUUGUGAAGAACGGAGCUGUUGUUGUUUGCCGUGUACAGGUCAGUAACUUGAUUUGUAUCGAGAACUUCUCUGACUCUCCUCAGCUUGGAAGAUUUACACUCCGGACAGAAGGUAAAACAAUUGCCGUAGGAAAAGUUGUUGCUGUUCCACCAGCUGGGAGCACAACAUUCAAAGCUUAAGCCAAUUUUCCAGAGGGGGAACAGCAAAUUUCUUUGCAACGAGGCACAUUCUUCCACCAGGUGUGAUCAAGAAGCUGGAUUGCAUAUUUUAAGCCAGUUUGCUUAAAUGUUGAGGCUGUACAACCAUACUCCAUGCACCUUGGCCUCCAUAACUAAUGCAUUAGAAGUUUACUUGUUUACUACCAUUACGCAAAUUUUGAUUAUUGUUUGGAGGGUAUGAACAGUGUAGAUUGUAUUGCAGUGAUGUACUUCAGGUUUGAAGGGAAUGUAAAUCUUUGGUGGAAGAAUUGUCUGGCGCUUGCCUGUUUAUGUCAACUAAAGCAUUAUCUUGUA